GACCGGAAGCACAUGCUGGCGCGCUGCUGCCGAUGUUGUUGUCACCUGUGACAUGUAGCUAGAAAACCGUAGUGAUUUAUUUGUGUUUUUUAUAAACUAUAACCUUUGUGUAAAUAAUCAAAGAAUGGCAGCAACGGUCGCUACACCUGUCACCCCCACGGAGCACGACCCGGACCGGUGUGGGAGUGAGGAGGAGAGCCGCGGGGCCGAGGCGGAGGAGGAGAGCAGCCAGCAGCAGACAGGCCCCGCUGCCUCCGUGACCCACAGCCGGCUGUCCAAACUCCCGCUGGCCCGCAUCAAGGCGCUCAUGAAGACCGACCCAGACGUGUCACUCGCCAGCCAGGAGUCUGUGUUCAUCAUCGCUAAAGCCACGGAGUUGUUUGUUGAGAUGAUUGCCAAAGAUUCCCUGGUGUACGCCCAGCAAGGGAAGAGGAAAACCUUGCAGAGAAAGGACUUGGACAACGCAAUAGAGGCCAUUGAUGAAUUUGCAUUUCUUGAAGGCACACUAGAUUAAACCCGGCUUCAGGAAAGGAGAACAUUGAAUAUCUGCAACCAUCCAAGAAACUUUCUGUCGCAGAGAUACAAUUUGUUGUGAUGAACCUUUGUGGUACUUUUGUAAGUCAAACUCUCAGAUUGGAUAUUUAUAAAUGCUUUUCUAAAAUGUGCCGUUAAGAUUUUUCAUACUUAACUUUGAAGACAUCAGUGGUAGUGUGUAAAUGUUUUGUAAAUAUUUGUGAAAUACUGCUGUACAAUUAAAUAAAUUUAAGUUUUAAACAACCAA